GUAAAAGUGAAAGUUAAUCACUUGUCUGCCUCUGCAAAUUUCUGCCUGCCACGUUUGAAAGCUGUGUCGACUGUUAGAAUCAACACCCUCAAAGUUUGCAGUUUAUUCCACAUCCUGUUCUGAGACAUGGCUAAUCGUGAAGUCUCUGGAAUGGAGAAUAUUAUAAUAAAAAAUAAGAUGAAUCUCAUUGACUGGCUUCGAGUAGAUCCAAUGUACAUUCUUCAACAUCUGCAUUGUAAAGGCAUUAUCAAAGACAGGGAGUAUCAAAGCCUUAUGAGUGUCCCGGAGCCGGAGAAUAAAGUCAUCAAACUGCUCGAUAAGAUCAUUGGCAAAAAGGAAAUUUCAUGUCGCCAGUUCCUUGAUACUCUCAAAGAACAUGAUGUGAAUGAAAUAUAUCCGCAACUUCAGCGGUGGAUAACAACCUUAGACUUACCAGCUCAACAGGAUAACCUACCUUCAAAUUGGGGUAACAUGCCAGCCACCUCCCCUGACAGGCUCAACCUCAUCCCUCCAGGAAGCCAAGAGUAUAAUGAAGUCCAAGGCCUGUUCCGGAAAACUUGUCUGGACAAUGAAAUAGAAAAAAUUGAAAGGGUCCAGAACCUAAACUUGUGGAAAAGCUUUGAGAUCAAGAAAAAAGACAUCAGUGACAGGAAUGAUAGCUUUCUGAAUGAGAGACGUCUUUUCCACGGAACCAGGCGAGAAAACAUAGAUCACAUCAACGACCUCGGGUUCAAUCGGAGCUACGCUGGAAAAAAUGAUGCAGAGUAUGGAAAUGGCACCUACUUUGCAGUCAAUGCCAGCUACUCUGCUAAGGAUGAAUUCUCCAAGCCGGAUGGCGAAGGGAGGAAGUUGAUGUACUUGUGUCGUGUUCUGACUGGACACUUCACAAAGGGAGAACGAGGGUAUAUAACACCUCCAUUAAAAGACGGAUCAAAUAUUCGGCACUACGAUAGUACGACAAACGACAUAGAUAAUCCGACAGAGUUCGUAAUCUUCCACGAUUGUCAGGCAUAUCCAGAGUACCUGAUCACUUUCUUAAGGGGCUAGAGCAACUGUUAUAACUCAAAACCACUCUUGGAAAUCCAUGGUUAAAAUCAAAUUUUGAGAACAGCAAAAAUAGCCAAAAGAAGUGACAGUUAGUAUGCUGAAAGUAUUGCACCAACGCCUUGAUUUUCUAGAUUUAAAUCUGUUAUUUCCAUUGUCAUAAUAUAAUUAUUCAUUUACUGUAUGUCCUAUAAUCUAACAGAUUGCACCUUUUAAACAGCAAUCUUAUUAAAAUAUCUUCAUAGGGACCAUUUUUGGCAGUGCACAUAUUAGGGUGGGCUGUUGUGAUUUUAUCUUUAUACAAUGGUUCUAACAUGGUAGCUUUUGCUAUAGCUCAACUAACAUGUCUUUUUUUGCCAGUGUUUUUUCUAUGACACAUAUUAGUCAUUCCAUUAAAUAUCCUAGAUUUGUAGAAAACAUUUUUUGUAAAACCAAAAUUUUUAUAUGAUAUUUCCAUUAAAUAUGAAAGAUGUGUAAUUAAGUUGUGUUUUGUGUGAUUUUGUAGAAUACAUAAAUAUAAUCCAAACACAGAUUCCAUUGCGAAAGUUGCAUUGUUACUGUAUCGGUUUCAAAACCUGCAAGACAAACAAUUCCAGGAAGAUGAAGCCAUCAUUUGAUAUAAACCUGUUAGACCACAACAACAUCAUUCAUUCACACAGGAAGCCACGUAGCCUGAUCUGAUCUCACUGUAUUACAGAUAGCUCUACUGCACACUAUUAAUGAAAACAGAAGAAAGAACCAGUCACUGUUAUUUUAUUGUUUCUCUUUAAUCAUUUCUUAUUUUUCUAUGUUUUUCAUUUUUACUUCAGUUUAAUUUAUUAAAUACUUUCUUAACACUUAUUUUUCUUACAACUGCAUUGUUUAAGGGCUUGUUGUAUUCGGUGGAUGUGACAAAUAACGUUUGAUUUGAUUUGAUUUGUAUUACACCUAUAUGGAUAUAUGCACAUUAUUCAUGAAAACAGAAGUAAGAAAGAAAGAAAUAAAGCAGGAGACUUUUGAAUAUA